GCUGAGGCUUAGUUACCGCGGGCAGCUCUGGGGGCGGGGCGGUGGCCAAGGUGGGUCACGGAAGUGAGAGGCCCUCGCGUCCACCCAAAACUGAACUCAGCCGCUUUCUGCCUACACCGUCCUCUCCCCCCAGACAGACAGCCUGGGCUUGGGAAAGGCAGCGAGGAAGUGUGUGGUCCCUGGGACAGCAGGGCAGAUCUUAGCCGAGGUGGGCUUGUCCAGGACGGAGCCCUGACCCGGCCGGCCCCGGGCACUGCAUCGUUGCUUACCGAAAUAGUGCUCUCUUACGUAUACGGCUGUUUUUAAAAUGCCCACCAUAUAAUGUGCCAGACUCUGAUUUCAGCUUAUGUGGAGAACUUGUUGUGGAAGCCACCUAUAAAUCCAUUUACCGAAUUUAUGGAGAAGCCUACAAAUGAUGGAAGUCAUUCAGAAGAACUCUUUUCCCAUUUUAAAAGUAUACCAGAGAAAGAACAUUUACCACGGCAUGCCAGUGAAAGUCAUCUCAGCUGCCUAAAGCAGGACAUCCUAAUUGAGAAGACCAAAUUGGAAGCAACAUUUAAGGAAGCCGAGUUAGCAACUUGUUCUGUAGAAUUACUUUUGCCAGUAUUUAAGGACACCAUUGAAGAGAUUAGUUUUGAAAAUACUGAUCUUUCUGCAUCCAAUUUGAAGAUUUCUAAACAGAAGGAAAUAUUAAGAAAAGAAUUAGACUCUUUUAAAGAUUUAAAACAAACUUUAGAACAUCUUCUUAGAAAGACAGAACACCAACAGAGAGGGGACAGUUUAUCCAGCUUGUUAGAUAAGCUAGCUGAUAAUGAAAGUGAAAACACUAAUCUUAAGACGAGGGUACUUGAAAAGGAGACCUAUAUCCAAGAACUUUCUUGUUUGUUUCAGAAUGAAAAGGCAAAUGCUUUGAAAGCAAGCCGUUUGUCACAAUCAGUAAAAGUAGUACAUGAACGACUACAGUUCCAAAUUCAUAAAAAGGAAGCAGAGAAUGAUAAAUUAAAAGAACACAUAAAGAGCUUAGAAACCAAAAUAUCAGAAUGGAACUUGCAAUUGAAAAAGAGUACGCAUGAGGCUGUAACGAUGAAAGAAUCAAGUAGGCAAAAAGCUAUAGCUCUAAAAAAGGCAUCUAAAAUUUACAAACAAAGGAUUAAACAUUUUACUGGAGACGUGGAAAACCUUACUUCCCAAAUUAGAGAGCAGGAAGCCAAGUUGUCUGAAAUAGUUUCAGCUUCCAACGUCUGGAAAAGUCAUUAUGAGAAAAUUGCAAUAGAAAAAACUGAAUUGGAAGUUCAGAUCGAAACAAUGAAAAAGCAAAUCAUUCAUCUUUUGGAAGACCUGAAGAAAAUGGAAGACCAUGGAAAAAAUUCAUGCGAAGAAAUUCUUAGAAAACUUCACUCAAUUGAAUAUGAAAAUGAAACUCUGAAUCUUGAGAAUACAAAAUUAAAGACUACACUAGCUGCUUUGAAGGACGAGAUUGCCUCUGUUGAAAAUGAGCUCUUAGAAUUGCAAGAAGUAGAAAAACAACAGAAAACUCUUAUUGAAGUUUAUAAAGCUCAGAUACAGAAGUUGCAGGAAGCAGCUGAAAUGGUGGAAAGCAGAUGUGAACGUUUGCUACAAGAGAAUAACCUAAUAACAAAAAACAAAAAUAAAAAAUUAAAGAAGGUGAGAGGCCAGAUGGAGUCUCAUCUGAAGGAGUUAGAGCACGACCGCGAUUCCUUGACGGCAGCAGAACAGAGGCUUCAUGAGUGUCAGGAGAGCCUGCAGCACCACAAGGGGAAAUGUGCAGACCAAGCACACGCCAUUAGGGAGCUUCAGGGCCAGGUUGAUGAAAAUCAUGAUCUUCUGACAAAGCUUUCUCUGGAAGAGGAAAAUUAUCUUAUUCAGUUGAAAUGUGAAAACCUUAAACAAAAAUUAGAACAGAUGGAUGCAGAAAAUAAAGAGCUUGAAAAGAAGCUGGCAAACCAAGAAGGAUGUCUUAAGCAUACCAGUCUUGAGUUUAAAGAGAAAUCUGCAGAAUAUAGAGCAUUGGCCAGACAGCUGGAAGCUGCUGUAGAAGAAGGAAGACAAAAGGUUUCUGAAGAAAUAGAGAAAAUGUCAUCUAGAGAAAGGGCUUUACAAAUUAAAAUAUUAGAUCUGGAAACUGAGCUUAGAAAGAAAAAUGAAGAACAAAAUCAACUUAUUUGCAAAAUGAACAGUAAAGCACAACAUCAGGAAGUAUGUUUGAAAGAAAUACAGCAUAGUCUUGAAAAGUCGGAGAAUCAAAAUGAGAGUAUUAAGAAUUAUUUACAGUUUCUUAAAACUUCUUAUGUAACAAUGUUUGGAUAAAUUGUUGGAUUUAUUUUCUAUAAGCAAUAGGUUUUUACUAUGAGUCUAAAAAGUAAUUAGAUAAAAAUUAAAUAAAUAUACUAUCUGUUGCUAUAUUUUAUGAUUUAUGGGUGGUACUAUUAGGGUUUUUAUGUAAAGAUUUUUGAAACAUAAUUUAUUAUCCAGUUGAAACUUUAAAACAAGAUACAUGUUAGUAUUCCUUUUUUGCUGGAUAAUCUUCACUUAGCUCUGGAUUAAUAUCUAUUUAAUUUAUUUUGGUUUUUGGAAUAUUUUACACACAGAAAAGAAGCCAGAAUCAUUCUUUGUAGCAACUAUUCAAGUGAAUUUGUAAUAAACCUAGGCCAAUUAUGAGCCAAAUACAUGAUUUUAAAUAAUGUAUGUAAUUGUUUUACAUUAUGGUGCUGUAUAUUUAUAUAUUAAUAUAAUAAAGGAAAAUAUUCUGGA